GCUGCACACUUGAAUUCUGCAGUCAUAAGCAUUGCAGAAGAGAGAGAGAGAGCAAGAAGAAGGAUUGUGUCCCAACAAGAGAUUGAAAAGGAAAGUUUUUCAAGAUUAAAAGUAAUUUCUCACAAACAAAUAAAGGAAAACAUGGGGCAGAUUUUGAAUUUAUUCAGACAGAAAGGAUCAAAAGUGAGUCAGCGCAAUAAGGCUUCAUCUUCUGAUUCUGGGAAUGAAGAAAUACAGCAGAUCUUGGCAAGAGAGACAGAGAAGCUAAAUGGCAUCUUGGAAGAAGUUAACAUGAUGUCCAUUGAAAGACAGUCACUUAUCAAAGCAAACGAGGAGCUGAAGAAUGAUAACACGGCAUUGAAGCAGGAAAACACUGCACUGGGGCAACAAAACACCGUAUUGGAAGAGGAAAAAAGCAUCCUGGAGCAGAAGAACACAGCCCUGGAGAAGGAAAGAAAUACCCUACAUCAGGAAAACAUCACAUUAAAACAGGUAAAUACCAUCUUGGAGGAGGAAAACACCUUCUUCAAGCAGAAUAAUACGGUCCUGGAAAAAGAAAAGACUGCCAUGGAGCAGAAAUACACCACUCAAAUCAACACCAUGGAGCAGAGAAUUUCCACAUUAGAACAGGAAAACACCAAUCAGAGGGAGAGAAUUUCCACAUUAGACCAGGAAAACACAUCUCAGAGGGAGAGAUUAACUCAUGCAUUGCGGGUAAAUACCUACCUGGAGCAAAGACGAAGGCGUUUGGAAGGGCAAAACUUUUUUUUUGAGCUUGACAACAGACACCUGCAUCAGACCCUCAAUUUAAGAAGAAGGCGACAUGAGCAGGAAAAAACCUCCCUGAUGCUAAAUAUCACUGCUCUGGAGGUGAAAUGCACUGCCCUGGAGCAGAAAAACGCUGCCCUGGAGGAAGAAAAGACUGCUAUGGAGAAGGAGAAGAUCGCUCUGGAGGAAGAAAAGACUGCUAUGGAGAAGAGAAUAAACUACUUGGAGCAUAAAAACAAGACCUUGGAGCUGAUAAAUGCCACCAUGGAGCAAGUGAAGAGCUCUCUGGAGAAGGAGAACACCACCUUGGAGCAGGAAAACAAUAACAUGCAGCUUGAAUUGGAACAGCUGAGGGACAGAAUAGAACAGGUGUUUUCAGACCAGCCACAGAAUCGGCCGACUUUAUUCAGAAGAGUGAUCAGAGGCUUUUCCAAUAUGCUUCUGAAAAUGUACCAAACAGGCACUCUCAGGUACUGGAUUGAAAGAUGGUACUUCUAAACUAAGAAGUGUCAUGAGGGCUCCAAGCUUCAUGUUUGAUUAUCGGUGGUCUCCAUGCUGACUUCCAGGGCUUCGUAGCAAGUCCCGUUGGU